UUUUGUAAACAUUUUCUUCCUCACUUUUUAUGUGUAACAUUUUCUUUAACAAUUAACUAAUUGUGUUUUAAUUUCUUUUUUCUGCUAAUUGUGGUUUUAUAUGUUCUUGUUAACAACUGCUUCCAUCUAAUCAUGGCAGCAAAUUUCGAUCCCUAUGAUAAAAACAGUUGGUAUUUUGGUUCCAUGACAAGACAAGAGGCCAUUGACUUAUUGAAUGCUGAAAAUGAAGUGGGAGUGUUUUUGGUGCGAAACAGUAGCUCAAUCCUUGGUGAUCUUGUUCUCUGUGUUAGAGAAGAUUUGAAAGUUAGCCAUUACAUCAUUAAUAAAGUUCAGCAAUAUGACCAGACUCGUUUUCGUAUGGGCGAUCAAAUGUUUCCCGAUAUCCCUUCAUUACUGAGCUUUUACAAAAUUCAUCUCCUGGAUACAACUAAACUAAAAAGACCAGCCACCAAAAGGUCUGAAAAAGUUCGUGCUAAAUAUGAUUUCGUAGGAAGUGGAGAUGAUGAAGAUCUUCCGUUCAGACGGAAUGAAAUUUUAACAAUCGUCUCUAAAGAUGAAGACCAUUGGUGGACAGCGAGAAAUAGGUUGGGCAAAACAGGUUGUAUUCCUGUUAAUUAUGUUGAACCGUAUGAUGAUACCCAAAAUGAAAAUACAACUAGAACUUCCAGUCCGAUUCCUAGUCAAACCAAACAAAUACCCGCUAAACCGCAAUAUAAUACACCUCAGAUACAACGACAAUUACCCGCCAUGGCCAAAGUAACACAAGCAAGAGUACCUAAUGCAUAUGAUAAAACGGCUUUAAAAUUAGAGGUUGGUGACAUAAUUAAAGUAAUCAAAACAAAAUUGGAUGGACAAUGGGAAGGAGAGUUGAAUGGGAAAAUUGGACAUUUCCCAUUUAAUCAUGUUGAAUUUAUCGAUACCGAGAAUCCUGAAGAAGAGGAUACCAAUUCAUGACUUGUGUUCCAAUAAUUUAAUCUAAAGGAAACAACAAUAAUUGUGUAUAAUUGAAAAUCCCUUUCCAUUCAACACCAUCAUCAUCAUCGCAACAGUAAAAAAAAACACAAAUUACACAACAAAAAUCAUAGGAAUAUACAACACAAUUCAACACAACACACACACACUCACAAUAAGAAAACACUUAAAUUAUAUACACAUAAACAAACAUAGAAUGAGAAAAAACUUAACAAAUUAACCCAAUGAAAGUUAAUUAAUUGGGCAAACCUGUUUAAGCAAUAAAGAUACCCGGCUAAUGAUUAGCCAUAUAAAGAGACACCCGACUAACUGAACAUCCGGAGCUGAUGGUCUACUUCCUCCUAAUUGAUUUUAUUUUUGAUCAAGUCCUACCAUUAUACUCUCAUUCUCAACACCAACACCACCACACCAUCAACAUGUAUAAUUAAUUUAUAUUGAGAGAGAAAAAUUGAUGAGAAGGAAAAAUAAAUGGGAGCUAAAUUGUUGGAAAAGAAAAGCCAUGGAAGGAAGAGGAAGACAAAUGCAAACUAUUGACAUUAAAUUGUUUGAAAGUCGGAGAGAAAUUGUCAACCAGAGUUGAUCUUUCUUACCGAUGGACCAGAAAACGAUAUCAAAGUGAGACCACAACCUAAAGGUUUAACUGGAAGAUGAAGAAGACGAUAAAAAAUAUCAAUAAUCAACGUGAGGCCAAAUAAUUUCCUCCCAUUUAGAUGAUCAUCAAGAUUGUCACACUACAAAUUAACACCAAUUUCACAUAAAAAUACUAAAUAUAUCAACGUUAUAAUCAAAUCACAAUCAUCAUCAUCACACAUCUCGAUCAUCCUCUUGUAUAAAACAAAAAGUUAAACGGAAAUUGAAAAGCAACAACAACAACAACAAACUUCAUGUGAUCAAAUCCAGACAACAAAAAGUUGCACAUGAUUUUUUGUACCGUAACAAUUAACUAAAUUGCGCGAAUGCGCUCCCAUUAUAAGCUAAAUUUAAUAAUGAUGACGACAAUUAACAACGA